GUGACGAAAGAUGGGCUGUGGCGCCUCUUUGCCACUCUGACACACCAUCUCCUCCCCAUCGCCGCAAAACACAGCGCAGGCCGGCCAACUAUUCGUCUCUGAACAAGGAUAACAAGGACUAUCACAAUGUCUGAUAUGGAGGACGAUUUCAUGUGUGACGAUGAAGAGGACUACGACCUGUGCACAUGUGCUAACAUCCAGGAAUACUCAGAAGACAGCAAUUCAGAGCCAAAUGUUGACCUGGAGAACCAGUACUACAACUCCAAAGCAUUGAAGGAGGAUGAUCCCAAAGCAGCACUGAGCAGUUUCCAGAAGGUGUUGGAAUUAGAAGGCGAGAAAGGCGAAUGGGGAUUCAAGGCGCUGAAACAAAUGAUUAAAAUAAACUUUAAGCUGACUAAUUUCCCAGAGAUGAUGAAUAGAUACAAACAGUUACUGACGUACAUAAGAAGUGCAGUCACAAGGAACUACUCAGAAAAGUCCAUCAACUCCAUUCUGGACUACAUCUCAACCUCCAAACAGAUGGAUUUACUACAAGAGUUUUAUGAAACUACUCUGGAAGCUUUAAAAGAUGCAAAAAAUGACAGACUCUGGUUUAAAACCAACACAAAGCUGGGGAAGUUGUACCUGGAGAGAGAAGAAUAUGGAAAGCUGCAGAAGAUCCUGAGGCAAUUACACCAGUCUUGCCAGACAGACGAUGGCGAGGAUGACCUCAAGAAAGGCACGCAGUUGUUGGAGAUCUACGCUCUGGAAAUUCAGAUGUACACAGCCCAAAAAAACAACAAGAAAUUGAAAGCCCUGUACGAGCAAUCGCUCCACAUAAAAUCUGCCAUUCCUCAUCCACUUAUAAUGGGCGUUAUCCGAGAAUGCGGCGGCAAAAUGCAUCUGAGAGAGGGGGAGUUUGAAAAAGCUCACACAGAUUUCUUUGAGGCCUUUAAAAACUAUGACGAGUCAGGAAGCCCGAGAAGGACGACGUGUUUGAAGUAUCUAGUGCUCGCCAACAUGCUAAUGAAAUCGGGAAUCAACCCUUUUGACUCGCAAGAGGCCAAACCAUACAAAAAUGAUCCAGAGAUAUUAGCAAUGACAAAUUUAGUAAGCGCCUAUCAGAACAAUGACAUCACUGAAUUUGAGAAAAUCUUGAAAACAAAUCACAGUAACAUAAUGGACGACCCCUUUAUCAGAGAGCACAUAGAGGAGCUGCUGCGCAAUAUUAGAACUCAAGUACUUAUCAAACUCAUCAAACCAUAUACAAGAAUACACAUCCCUUUCAUUUCGAAGGAGCUGAAUAUCGAUGUUUGUGAUGUGGAGAGUCUGCUGGUGCAGUGUAUUUUGGAUAACACAAUCCACGGGCGAAUCGACCAAGUCAACCAGCUACUAGAACUCGACUACCAGAAAAGGGGAGGGGCUCGCUACACAGCUUUAGACAAAUGGACUAAUCAGCUGAACUCUCUCAACCAGGCCAUUGUGAGCAAGCUCACAUGAUGCCAACAAAAAAUCAAGAGACAAGGAAAAUGGCAUGUUUGAAUACAUCCAGCAAGUAUGCUUCCGUGCUUCGGAGAUGAGCGAGACGCCACACGUUUUGAAAAACGCCACCGAUUUUCAAGAAGAGCCCCGAGAAUGUGUUGUUUUGUCCUGACAAGAGGAAAUCACUGACACUGUUGUUUUUCAUAUACCAGAUUGGCAGAUCCUUCCAUGUGCAGAUAUAUUGGUUGUACAAAUGUGUAUGAGAAGACAAACACAGUAUUUUAAUGUAUACUGUUGCCUCUUGGUAAUAAACACCUGUCAGCACUUAAUAGAUUGAA